UGUCAUGACGAUGUUGUGCCUUUGAUGCUGUCCUCAACUGGAUAGAAUGCAUAUAUAGAACCUGUGUGCUGGGAAAGAUUCACAUCUAUUUUUACAAUCGGACCAGCAUUAUUUCUUGGAGACGGAUUUAUUCCGAAUUUUUUUAAUCUGGAUGCAAUACGUAUGUCUUAGAAGGAAGAUUAACCCUUAUUUAAUACUGAAUCAGAGUUGGGAAAACUGUGACCUGCUGGAACAGGAGGAAUUGUCAUCAACCCAGCAGCUGUUGAUGGAGGAACUCCGACUGGUGAAGGAGGAACUCCAACUGGUGAAGGAGGAACUCCGACUGGUAAAGGAGGAACUCCAACUGGUAAACAAGAAGAACCAGGACUUUACCAAGAUCCACUCGACCUUAGAGACGGAGCUCCAAGAGGUUAAGGAGGAAAACAAGUUUCUGAAAGAAACAAACCCAGAGAUGGAGAGGGAGCUCCAACUGGUAAAGGAGGAAAUUAAGGUCCUGAACAAAACGAAACGGACCCAGGAGAGGGAGCUCGCACGGGUGAAGGACGAAAACGACUACCGGAGAGAGAAAGAAUGGACCCAGGAGAAGCAGAUGAGAGUGGUGAAGGCGGAAAUAGAGGUCCUGAAAGAGACACAACGGACCAAGGUGAAGGAGCUUGCAGUGGUAAAGGAGGAAAUUAAGGUCCUGAACAAAACGAAACGGACCCAGAAGAGGGAGCUCGCACGGGUGAAGGACGAAAACGACUACCGGAGAGAGAAAGAAUGGACCCAGGAGAAGCAGAUGAGAGUGGUAAAGGCGGAAAUAGAGUUCCUGAAAGAGACACAACAGACCCAGGCGAAGGAGCUUGCAGUGGUGAAGGCGGAAAGAAAUGUCCUGAAAGAGACACAACGGACCCAGGUGAAGGAGCUUGCAGUGGUGAAGGCGGAAAGAAAUGUCCUGAAAGAGACACAACGGACCCAGGUGAAGGAGCUUGCAGUGGUGAAAGAGGAAAACAAGAUCCUGAACAAAACAAAACAGAUCCAGGAGAAGGAGCUAAAAGAUAUUCAAAAGGAAAAAACACUCCUGGAGGACAUCUGUCUCCGACUUAAAAAGAUAAAGAGAGGCAUCUUUGGCAGGAUGGGUCCAAGAAGAGAUGAGUUGGACAAGAUGAAGAGGAAAAUGCUUCAGCCGGAGACGGGGUUAUUCAACAGGCUGCAGGACUUCAUGGGCAUCCGUCAUAACCACGUUUAAGCCUGCGAUGGCAUGUGCAGUGAUGCUUCUGUUGUGUGUACAAAAUAUUGAAUGUUAUUUAUGUCUAUUUAUUGGCAAGAUGCCUAAUUUGACAAAAGUCAAAGUGGAGGAACUCCACAGGUCUGUGACCAAAUUUGUGGUCUUGGGACUGCAUUAUUUUUCCACUGUGGAAUCUCGAUGGUUCAGGUGAAAAAAAAAUAAAUAUAAAGUGAUGUGAAAAGAGAAACAGUCCAUAAUCAUGAAACAUCUGAAAUGAAUUUCUUUUGUUGCAUGUU